AUGAACUUGUGCGGCCUCGCAGCUACAGUCACGUCUUGUGUGGGCGGCAAAGAGGAGAAAUUUGCCGUCCAAGUGCGGCCAGCCGCACCAGCUCGUGUCUACUUUGUCUACAAGACCAUUGGCGAGUUUCACGCGCUGUGGGGAGCUCUUGAAUCCCUCGCUCGCUCGGUUCAGCAGCGUCAGUCGUUGUUGAGCAAGGAGAAGAAGCUGCUGCUGCUGGACACGAAGCAGCCCAGUGGGCUGGCCAAGUGGCUCGCUCGUGUCGUUGAGCGCUAUGCGUUCCGAGAGAUCCUGAAAGACGUGCGGGCCCAGGAGAAAGACACGAGGAGGACACUAAAUGUCCUGCUCCAGUUCCUUGUGGCGCAAGUCUCGGGCUCUUUUCGGGACUGGCACAUGUCGCAGAGUCGGUCGUGUCCAAUUGGCCAAGAGCUCGUGCACCUCGUGCGCACGUUUUUGUUACAGCCAGUCCCUGCUGGCCAGUCAAAGCGUGCGACAUGUGUCGCUUCGGAGCGCUCGAGCAUGGAGAAAAGAGGCUGGAAAAAGCGCUCGUUUGACGAGAUGCGGCCGGAAGACGGCGAGGACCAGCGUCGGAGUCUCUUUCCUUCACGCAAUGGACACGACACGAAGACGCCCCAGGUCUGUGGAUUGAGUGAGUGGAUCGUGCCAAAUGGAGGCAAGAAGGGCUUGGUGGCUCCAGUGACGUCGCGACGUCGCGUGUUUGCUGAAGUGGAGUUUUGA